AUGCGGCGCCAUCCUCGGAGUGCACUGGGGAGCUGGUCCUCUUCAGCUCUCCCGCGACCUUUUAUCUCAUCAUGCACCCCAUGGUGUAACAGCGUCAACAUACGAUUCCAAAGCUCAAGCUCCGACUCCGAUAAACCAUUCCCUUCCCCCGACGAAUCGAACGAACGUGCCCCCCGUCGUCGCCGCCGUUCAGGGAGAGAUCCAAAACCUAAAAGGCUGCCUCUCAAUGUGGACUCACUUGGAAAACCCGGAGAGAUUGUGGUCGUGCCGACGAAGCGCCCUCGAACCUUAAAGGAUAGGUUGCGUGACAUGCAGAAUAGGGAGGAUGCGCGGACGCAGACGGAGACGCAGACGGUCACACUGAGCUCAAUGCUGGAAGAUUUGGAAGCAGAAUACGCGCCUUUAACUCCGAGUGCUAUUCAUGAACGCAUCGAGAGUCACAAAGCCUCCGAAGGGCUGAACGCAAAAAUGAAUGAGAGCGAAUGGGAGGCUGUACGAAACAGCUUAGCUUCAUCAUUCACCUACGCCCAAUUGUCGGAGUACAUCGAAGAGCAUGAACGGUACGAGUCCAAGGGCGACGGAACUGCAGGAAGAUGGAGGCCUGGUACAUCCGCUUUUUUGCACGCCAAUCCGGAGCUACACACGGGGGUUACGAAUCGAGUGGCUACAUCGCAAGACUUGAAGGGUAAAGCUUUGCUGGCAGAGCGGAUACUUCGUGAUUGCUGGCAAUUAUCGAUCGCCGACGAGGUUGGCCAGUUGGACCUCCGUCUGUCGCCUGCUCUCAUCGGGUUGCUGCUCAACGCAAAGCACUUUUCCUUCGACGAAGUGGCCACUAUGCACCAAUCCAGUAUUGACAUCACCAGCUCCCUUGGCUUGGUGAGGAUCACUGGCCGCCAGAAUGCUUGCGAGUCGAUGUGCGAAAUCGUCCUUGAUGCUAUAGCCAGAAUUCGAGAGGAGCCGACCGGUCUAGACACACUCACAUCACGCCCGGACUUGAAUCAAAUAUACCCCCCGACCUUAUUGGAAUGGAUCAGCAAGACAUAUGGCGUGGCUUUGGAAAAUGGUAGCUCGCAAGUUCCCGAAAAGAUCUUGUACCUUGCAGAGAACAAAGAUGGUGCAAACAAUGCGCGCAGGAUCCUCAAUCUCGCACUCCACGAGGUGACUCCUGCAUCGGUACCCUUCUCCACCUAUUUCCCUGCUUCGGAGCCUGCAAACAUAUACAACUACAAUCCAGAGGGCAGUGUGUCGUGGCUCGAUCGACAAAAGAAAUGGUUCCGAUGGGCCAUGCACUCUACACAGUCUACGGAGACUGAAAACAAUCCCACUCCUCUCUUUGAUGGUCACCAGACUCGACUUUCAGACCAUUUGUUGAACCUUCUUCGUCAGACACCUGUUCCAACUCCGAGUCUCGGAGGUGGUUUGAAAGCGCACGAGUCGGUGACUGCUGCCGUAGGCCGCUGCCUCUUCACUCAGAAACCCUCACUUGAAAAUUCGACCAUCACCCCUUCGCAGCUGGGAAAGCUAUCUCUUCCGAGAACUUUCUCCACUGACAUCCCUCGAAUUAUCAAUUUCCUGGCCUCCCUCCGGCCCAUCACCCCGGUGGUCGGAGCGCAAGUUCACAACAUUCGAUUGACUCCGUCCGCUGCAUAUGCCAGCCUUGCCCCGACUCUCGAUAUCAAGAUUGCUUCCAAACUCGGAAAAUCUCUGCUAAAUCCCGAAGACUCGUUCAAUGUGCAAAGCAUCAAGUUUAUCCGGGGUUCAACCGCCGUUGAUUAUCUCUUGCCGGAGAACGGCCUCGAUCUCCGGUUUACUCGCACAGUCUAUCACGAGCUUUCAGGAGAUGCCCUUGAGGAAUCGGUCGAGUACCUAGAUUUCGUCAGGAACAUCGAAUCCUCCCUGCGUAGUAUCAUUGGCUCUGCCGUGACAUCGCAUGACUCGACGCCAUUGCCGGUAUUCUGUCAAGUCUUACUUCCCAGCAACUUCGUCCAGCCUGGAGCAUCAACUGGCGGUAGCCCCUCGAUCACGGCGGAGUACAUGUUACCACCCAUUCAAAACCCGCGCGGCUCUGCUCUCCAGCUCUACGAACUCGGCGAUCGACAACUCCGCUACAGUUACUCCGAGACCGGGCCGUUCCUGCCCGCUCGUACCAUCGACGUAUCCCUCGACAUGCGCAUCCCCAGCAUCUCCACUCAGGGAAUGGAUGGUGAUCAGUCUCAACCCUCGCUGGAGACGGAAUUCCACUCUUUCUAUAACGCAGCGUGUCGCAUGGCCUUUGAUAUCCAUGGUUCGAAGUUGUUGAGUUUACAGAAUGAGGAUCUCGAACCGCAUGUUAUGUAUUAA